GUCAUGAAAUCCGUGUAAUAGUGGAUGUAGAGAGAGAAAGAGGCAGAGAGAGGGUUCUUUUCUUCUUCUCGUCCUUCCUUCUUCGUUGUUGCUCUUGUUCUAGAGAGAGAAAGAGAGAGUGAAUCUUGGAGAGAUAAGCGCCUGCUCCUUCGGCAUUUCCGUCAGACAAAGUUAACACUUCCAAGACCGACGUAGCUGCUACUGCUAUUAUUAAUCAAUUCAAUUCAAUUCAAUUCGCCUCUUCACCAUUCCCUAUUGUAGUAGAUGAACUCUCCCAAGUAUUUGUUAUCAUUUGCGCUUGCAGAUUUUGAUUAGUAGCGGAAUUUGAAGGUGAGAGAGAAUGGGAGAAAAUGAAGAAGCUACGACGACUGACAUGUUGCAGAGGCUUCACUUUCUGAAGCAGCCGUUAAACAUGGAGCAACUUAGCAUCCCGCAAUUCAACCCCUCGCAAAUGCGCGCGAGGCAUCAUCAUCAGAAUCAGAACCAGUUCGACGGUGGGAACAGUAACAAGCGCGCCGGUAUACCACCCUCGCACCCACACCAGAUCCCACCCAUUUCGCCGUACUCUCAGAUCCCAUUGUCGCGUCAGCACAGCAACAUCAACAGCAACAGCAACAUUUCCCCUACACCCACCCACACCCGAUCACUCUCGCAGCCCUCGUUUUUCUCCCUCGACUCCCUCCCUCCACUUAGCCCCUCUCCCUUCCGUGACUCCUCCUCGACUUCCGUGUCCGAAGCUGCUGACGUGUCCAUGGAAGAUCGCGACGUGAGUUCUCAUUCCCUGUUGCCACCCUCACCUUUCUCCAGAACACUCAACACCAACAACAGUAAUUUACCAUUACCUCCUCGGAAAGCGCAUAGACGCUCUAACAGUGAUAUUCCGUUUGGGUUUUCCACCGUUUUGCAAUCUUCUCCGCCGCUUAUCCCUCUUCGGAACCCCGUUUCAGCGAAACCUGCUCAGUUGGUGAAACGGGAAACACCGUGGGACAGGGUUGUUGAGCAUAAUACUAAUACUAAUAAUAAUAAUAAUGUAGAGGGAUCCGGGGAGAAGAAAUCUCCUGAAGGGGAAGUGGUGGAUGAUCUUUUCUCUGCUUACAUGAAUUUGGAUAGCUUUGAUGCUUUGAACUCUUCUGGAACCGAUGAUAAAAAUGGAGGCGAAAAUCGCGAUGAUUUGGAUAGUAGAGCCAGUGGAACUAAGACCAAUGGUGGAGACAGUAGUGAUAAUGAAGCUGAGAGUAGUGUUAAUGAGAGUGGGCAUGGAGGGAGUGAGAAGAGGGAAGGGAUGAAAAGGAGUGCUGGGGGUGAGAUUGCACCAACUACAAGGCACUAUAGGAGUGUCUCCAUGGAUAGUUUCAUUGGGAAGUUGAAUUUCGGUGACGAGUCGCCGAAGCUGCCUCCUUCGCCGGGGCAGAGAGGUGGUUUGAUGUCGCCUGCGGGUGGAAUUGAUGGGAAUUCGGCGGCCUUCAGCUUGGAGUUUGGAAAUGGGGAGUUUAGUGGGCCUGAAUUGAAGAAAAUUAUGGCCAAUGAAAAGCUUGCGGAGAUUGCCUUGACCGAUCCAAAGCGUGCGAAAAGGAUUUUGGCCAACCGGCAAUCGGCUGCGCGAUCCAAAGAGCGAAAGAUGCGGUACAUUUCGGAGCUAGAACACAAGGUUCAGACUCUACAGACAGAAGCCACCACACUAUCUGCACAGCUUACUCUGUUACAGAGAGAUUCUGCUGGACUCACUAACCAGAAUAGCGAGUUGAAGUUUCGCCUUCAAUCUAUGGAACAGCAAGCAAAGCUCCGAGAUGCUCUAAAUGAGGCUCUUACUGCUGAAGUUCAAAGAUUAAAGAUUGCUACAGCUGAACUAAGUAGCGAUUCGCAUGGUUCUAGCUGUUUGAUUCCUCAACAUUCUGUCAACCCUCUGAUGUUCCAGCAGCAGCCUCCUUCUGCAUCCCAACAAAACAUUCAUCUUCAACAGCAGCAGCACCGCCAGAAUGGUAAUGCCAACUCAAAUUCUGACUUAAAACAAUAGUUUGGGAAGGAGUUCCUGCAGCUGCAUGGUUGUUUCUUUAUAUAUUCGCUGCUGAUUCAUUGCACUCUCGGUUUCGCAUAUUUACAAAAGGUUUUCCUUAGUUGUUAUGGUCUCAAGUUUGAUUCGCAUUACCUGUCCAGCUCGGACAGAAAGUCCAUAUACAAGUUCUAAUUCCUGUCUUAUAUCUAGAUUAUCAUAGAGCAUAUUUAAUUUCAGUAUAUAUAUUAAAUUGUAAGCAUUAUUUGGACAUUUUAUGAUGACAUUUUAGAGAACCUGUUCAACUUUCCUUUUGUAAAGAAUGACUAUUCUGUUGUGGAUC